UUUUGGGUUAGAGCUGAUCUACUCUUUGGAUCUCCAUCUUCUAUUCAAGAAUCCAUUUUCUGGGGUCUGGAUCCAAAGAAGAUGGUGAGGGGAAAGAUCGAAAUCAAAAGAAUCGAGAACGUGACCAGCAGACAAGUCACGUUCUCCAAGCGUAGGAAAGGUCUCUUGAAGAAAGCUCAUGAGCUUUCAGUUUUGUGCGAUGCUCAAGUCGCCGCCAUUGUCUUUUCUCAGAACGGAAGAUUAUAUGAUUUCGCUAGCUCUGACAUGAAGAAGAUAAUGGAACGAUAUGAGAUAUAUAGGAGAGAGGCUUUUGGGGAAGAGAGACUCCAAAAAGAGCAAUAUGUGCAGGAGCUCAAGAAGGAAAUGGCAGUAAUGAUGCACAAGAUUGAACAUCUUCAACUUCACUGCCGGAAGGUGAUGGGGCAAGAUUUGGACUUGUGUUCGGUGGAGGAACUCAAGGAGCUAACCAUCCAAAUUGAGAAAAGCCUUACUAUUGUAAGAUCAAGAAAGGCUAAGUUAAAUGAAGAUAAGAUAGAGAAACUAAAAGCUGAGAUUGCAGGAGGGAAAUGUGUCUUGAACGAGAGAAAUAGGCUGCACCAAAUGUUUGAAGAAAAGCCCUUGUGGAUGCAGCCGAGAAGCCUAGAGAGUGAGAAGAGUGAAGCUUCUUGUGGUUGUGGAAACAUGAACAUAUCGGAUGUCAAAACUGAUUUGUUCAUUGGAUUGCCUGAAAGCUGA